CGAGGGAACCAUGCAAGAACACUGAAAGCAACAUAGCUAGCCUGUUUUGUUCAGGCAUACAGUCAAGUCCGCAUCGUUGCGUCCGAGUUUUCGCGAGGAACUGAUCGGCAUAUCGGCCAUGAGAUCUCCGACGUUUGUAGCUGCGGUUCUUGUGCUCGUCUUCCUUGCCUCCGGCGGCACGGCGGCGAGGACGCUGGUGAGCGAGGUCGGCUCUGAAGUGGCGCUGGAUCACGUCGUCCUGGUGGAGUUGACGGGCACCGAUUCUUCGGCGCAGCCGUCCAACUGCACCUACGGGAACAACGUCGGCGGCCAGUGCCCUCCGACUCCGAGUGUUGGCCACUGACGGUCCAAAAGUUCACAAUUCGUGAAAUUCCAAUGUUGGACAUUAUCCGUUCAUAUAUGCAUCUAUGUUCCAAGUAAAUGUCAGCAGCUGCAGAAGUCUUUCAUGAAUACUGUUCAUGGCAUUUGGGCUGGUGAUUUUGGUGGUGCUGGAUUUAACUUGACGUAUCAACCAUUUUUUAAUUUCUUCUGUGCUGGAUUUUGUAGACUAUAAUUCGUCUGUAUAGUCGUUUCUGUCAAUUGAGGGGCCCAUCAAAUUUGUCAGGCCGAAUUGGUCUCACCAGA